AUGGCAGACGAAGGUGCCUCAUCCCGCGAACUCCUGCUCGAAGCAUGCCGCCGCAACAACACCGAUCUCCUCUCUUCGGUCCUGUCAGAGUUCAAGUCGAGUGACGAACUUGCCAACUUCCUCAACACUGCGACUGACGCUUUGGGCUGUGGUGCCUUGCACAUUGGCGCACAGUAUGGAUCCUACGAGGUUCUGGAUAUGCUGCUGGACCAGGAAGGUGUGGAGAUUGAUGGAGUAGAGAAGAGAGAGGGAGACACGUGUCUGCACAAGGCUGUGAGAUACGUCAACAGCUUGAGCAAGGAUGAGUGGGAAGAAGGUCAGGCUAUCGUCGACAUCCUGUGCGAUGCUGGUUGCGAUCCCAGGAUACGUAACAAGGCCAAGCUGCGCCCUAUUGACCUCACCGACCCGCGCAACACCGAGCUCAGAAGUCUCUUGCAAAAGGCCGAGUUCACCAUGCUGGCUGGCGAUGAUGUUGUGCAAGAGGACGACGACGAUGCUGGUGCUGGUAGUGCCAGUGAUAGCGACUAA